AUGUCAAGCUUGCAGGGGCGAGUCCUUCUGGUACUGCAAGACGGAAGAGCCAUCGUCGGUGUCCUAGCUGGUUACGACCAAAAGUCAAAUGUCGUCCUCAGCGAUUCAAAAGAGAGGAUCUAUAGUAUCGACGAAGGUGUAGAAGAGGUAGAACUAGGUCUCUACCUUGUUAAAGGCGAUAUGAUUGUCCUCAUCGGAGAGAUUGACGAAGCAAUCGAUCGAGCAGUAGACCUUGCUUCCAUACGCGCAGAGCCAAUCCUACCUAUUCGCUAUUAG